UGCUCAUGCGGCCGCUGCCGCCGGAGCGUGACUCACACUGGGGGCCAGCCGCUGCCUCUGCCUUCCCUCCCCCGCUCGGGAAGGCGCCUGCCAGCGCUGCCGCCGCCCCAGCCGCCGCGCCGCUCCCGCCGCUGCUGCGCGGGCACGGCGGGGCCGCGGGUGCCGGCUGCGAGCAGGGCAGGGCAGGGCAGGGCGGGCGGCGGAGCCCCCGCGGGCGCGGAGCAGCGCGCACGGAGCGCCAUGGCGCGGGGCCGCGGCGCCCCCGGCCACCUCCUCUGCCGCCUCCUCCUCCUCCUCCUCCUCCUCCUCUGCAGCUCCGCGGCAGCCGGACCUACGUUUCUGGUGACCGUUCCCUGGAACAUCCGGCCUGGGGCAAAUGUGACUAUUGGGGUAGCUCUGCUGCCAGACAGCCCAGCACAGGUCACCGUAAGGGGAGAAGUGAUCAAAGAUAACAAGACCCUUUUGAGCAGGGAAAUGGUCUUUGAAAAAGAUUCCUUUGGGACUCUCAUUCUUCCAGUACUGCCUUUGAACAGUGCUUCUGGGAAUUAUGAAUUACUGGUGGAAGGCCAUGCUGAGCGCCAGCGCGUCUUCUCUAACCGUACCAGCUUGACAUACUUGUCAAAGAGCAUCUCUGUAUUCAUCCAGACUGAUAAAUCCAUGUAUAAACCAGGACAAGAUGUGAUGUUUCGGAUUGUCACAGUCUAUCCUGAUCUCAAACCUUACAAAGCAUCUCUGAAUAUAUUUAUCCGAGACCCUCGGAAGAAUUUGAUUCAGCAGUGGUUGCUGGAGGAGGGUGAUUUGGGUGUGGUUUCCAAAAAAUUUCAAUUGUCAGUGAACCCUCCACUAGGAGACUGGUCCAUAGAAGUGGAAGUGGACGGUCAAGUUCAUUACCAAAGAUUUAAAGUGAUGGAAUAUGUUUUACCAAAAUUCGAUGUCCUGAUAACAACAUCGUUAUACUACUCUUUGAAACAGGAAGACAUAACUGGUGUUGUCACUGCCAAGUACACAUAUGGAAAGCCAGUGAAGGGAACUGUAACAAUCACUUGCCUUUCUGUCUCUUACUGGACAAACAAGAAAAACAUAACAAAAACGAUGGAGAUUAACGGAUCUGUGAAUGUCACAUGUAGCAAGCUUAUGUUGCAAGACUUGAAUGCUGAUCAGUCAUGGCACCACCAUGACACUGAUUACACAGAGCCGAUAGAAAUUAUAGCUGUAGUUACUGAGUCGCUUACAGGAAUCUCCCAAAAUUCAAGUAUCAUCAUAUUUCCAAAGCAAAGUGACUAUUUUAUUGAAUUUGUGGACUACUCUAGAGUAAUAAAACCUUCUCUGAACUUCAUAGCUACUCUAAAGGUGACACGUUCUGACACAAACCAGCUGACAACUGAAGAGAGACAGAAUCUUGUCACAAUCACUGCACAACAGUCAGACCUGUUUUUUGACCACUCUUCACUUUCUUACCUUGAAAACGAGGCAACAGAGGAGAGUAAUAAGACAGUCCAUGUCCUGAAUUACACUGUUCCAGAAAAUGGAAUUAUUGAUAUUGAAUUUCCAAUUCUGGCUAAUACAAAAAAUCUGAGAGUUCAGGCAGAAUUCCUCAAUAGUAAGACCGACAUAGGUGUUUAUGAUGUUUUCAGCUCACCCAGCCAGACUUACCUCCAGAUCAAAACAAAGAGCCAGGAUGUAAAGGCUGGGAAACCUUUUGAGCUGAGUAUUGCAAGCAACAAGCCAGUAAAAGAGUUUCAUUAUCUGGUGGUAUCUAAGGAACAAAUUAUGGCUUCUGGCACAAAGGUUUCCACAACAUUCACUUUAACAGCAGAAAAUUCCUGGGCUCCCUUGGCAUGCAUACUUGUAUUCUACGUUGAUGAGCUUGGAGUAGUUGUAAAUGAUGCUCUCACUAUCCCUGUUCAGCCUGUUUUGAACAAGAUUAAAAUCUCCUGGAGUAAAGAUAAGGUCAAGCCAUCUGAGAAAGUCUCCCUUAAAAUCAGUACAACGGAACCAAGCUCAGUAAUUGGACUUGCAGUUGCUGAUAAAAGUACAAAGCUUCUAGGAGAAAGUAGUGACAUAACAGAGGAUUCUGUAUUCCAUGAACUCCAUUUAUACAACACAGCACAGUACUUUCCCCUGGUCAGAGGUUCUUUUGGUAUCUUUCAGAAAUGCAGCCUUUGGAUAUCAACUGAUGCAAUUCUUGAGGAGGAUAAAGAACAUUUUCUUUAUGGUGGAAUGAUACCCAUAGAGGAUGGUUUUGGUGAUGAUGUGGUCGUAACUAGAGAAGGAUCUCCUGAUUUCAGCACUCCUUAUGUGAGGAUGCAUUUUCCAGAGACUUGGCUUUGGAUUGACACCAAUACUAGAUCUGACACAGAUACUACGAUGGAAGUUACUGUACCUGAUACUAUCACAUCCUGGGUAGCCAGUGCUUUUGUCAUUUCUGAAAACAGUGGGCUUGGAAUAACAACUGCUCCAGCUGAGCUAGAAGCUUUUCAACCUUUCUUCAUUUUCCUGAACAUCCCAUAUGCUGUCACCAGAGGAGAACAGUUCAUUUUGGAAGUGAACAUCUUUAACUAUUUGAAAGAAGAAGCUGAAGUUACUGUGAACUUGGAUGUGAAUGAUGCUUUUGAAAUUAUUCCAACAUCCAAUGAAAUAAAUUCUACAGCAAGUCAGCAGUCUAUAUUUGUACCAAGUGAAGAUGGGAAAACUGUUCAAUUUCCAAUCAAGCCAAAAGAGCUGGGAGAGAUUCCCAUCAAAGUGACAGCAAUAUCAUCUGCUGCUUCUGAUGCUAUCAUUCAGAAAGUUUUAGUAAAGGCUGAAGGAUUGGAACAGACUUAUUCUCAGACACUUCUUUUGGAUUUGGCUGGGAAUAAACCACAAACACUGUCAAAAACUUUGGAUUUCACUUUUCCUUCUGAUGUAGUAAGUGGCAGUGAGAGAGUGCAGGUCACUGUUAUUGGUGAUAUACUUGGGCCUUCUAUCAAUGGUUUGGAAUCAUUGAUUAAGAUGCCUUAUGGCUGCGGUGAACAGAAUAUGAUCAAUUUCGCUCCAAAUGUUUAUGUUUUGCAAUACCUGACUAAAACCAAGCAGCUGAGAGAAGAUAUUAAAUCAAAAGCUGUAUCAUUUAUGAGAAAAGGCUACCAAAGAGAGCUUCUUUUCCAGAGGGAUGAUGGCUCUUUUAGUGCGUUUGGAAAUGAAGAUUCUUCUGGGAGCACAUGGUUAACAGCUUUUGUAUUAAGAUGUUUCCUUCAAGCUCGUCCAUUCAUAGAUGUUGACCCAAAUGUACUCAUGGAUACAGCUAAUUGGAUUGUCCAGCAUCAGAAAUUAAAUGGAGAAUUUCAGGAGCCUGGUAAAGUGAUACAGAGUGACCUUCGAGGAGGCAACAAUAAUCCAGUCACUCUGACAGCUUACAUCAUGUCAUCCCUCCUAGGGUUCCCAGAUAAACAGCAUAAUGAUGUCAUCAAGCGUGCUACAAACUUUCUAGAAGAUAAAUUAGAAGAAGGCAUUUUGGAUAAUUAUACUUUGGCACUUGUGACAUAUGCAUUGUCGUGGGCAAAAAGUACAAAAGCAAAGGAAGCCCUGAAUAUAUUAAACCAGAGAGCAGAACACCAAGGAGAAUUUCGUUUCUGGAUAACACCUGCUUCUGAAAUUUCUGAUUCCUGGCAGCCACGGUCCAUUGAUAUUGAACUUGCAGCAUAUGCUCUGCUCUCACACUUUCAUCAAGACAGAUUAGCAGAGGGGAUCCCUAUUAUGAAAUGGUUAAGUCAACAAAGAAAUCACCUUGGAGGAUUUUCAUCUACUCAGGACACUGUAGUGGCUCUGCAAGCCUUGAGUCUGUUUGCAUCUGUUACUACUGCCAGCAAGACCGAAAUCGAUGUUAUUGUAACAGCACCUACUUUGAAAAUUCCAGAAACAUUUUCAAUUGAUACUCGAAACCGUUUUCUACUUCAGACCAAGGAGGUUGCCCCUGUGCAGCCAAUGACAGUUACAGUUUCAGCAGAGGGAUUUGGAUUUGCUGUCUUUCAGCUCAAUGUUAUUUACAACACAAAACACACUGAUCAGAGGCUCAAAUCUGUCCAAAACCAAGAAGCCUUUGACUUGAAUGUUGAUGUAAAGGAUAACAAAGAUGAUAUAAACCAUUUGACCGUGAACAUAUGCACCAGGUACCUGGCUUCUGGAACAGCUUCCAGUAGUGGCAUGGCUCUUAUGGAGGUUGGCUUACUCAGUGGUUUCUCUGUGUCACCAGAUUUCAUUCCAUUAGACAAUACAGUUAAGAAGAUGGAAAAGGACAAUGGAAAAGUCAACCUAUACUUAGACUCUCUAAAUGAAACACAGGUUUGUGUGGAUAUUCCAGCUGUGAGAGACUUCAAAGUGGCAAAUACCCAAGGCGCCUCAGUGACUAUAGUGGAUUACUAUGAACCUAGGCGAAGAGCAGUGAGAAGCUACAAUUCAGAAGUAAUGCAAAGUGUAACCACUUGUGACUUCUGUAAAAGUGACUGCAGUCUUUGCAACAGGGAUAGUUCUCCAGCCUUGCUUCAACACUCUCCAUUGGCUUCCUCGCUCUCUGUGCUAUUUGUUGUUCACGUAAGCUUGCUGUGCAGUUGGAUGCUGUAGGAGGAAACUGCUUAUGUUUUGCAUCUAAGGUUUCCAUAAAUCAUCCAAAGAAAAUUUUAUGUUCACAUAUCAGCUUGUCUUCAGUGAUUACAGUGACUGAACUCCGGCUGUGCUCAGGGGGAGCAGGACUGGUCCAUAUGGUAGGUUUCUGGCUGUGCCAGAAAACUUCUUAAAGUGUCUGCUGGAAAUUCUUUCUGAGUGUUGCUUCCAUACUGGAAUUAUUUUCUGAAGAAGCACAGAGUAAGAGUUACUGAGAAAACAAUUUGAGAAAAUAUAAGCCUAGCUCCACAUUCCCGCCCCUUUUUUUACGUUCGCUUUUUUGCUUAUUUUUAGGGAUGUAUGUUAGUUUAUAAAAUGAUUCUGAAAAAUUAUCUUCCUUUAUUGGGAUGUUAGUAAGCAGAAUACUGGGAGCUUGGUAUCAGAACUCGCUUCAUUCUCUUCUACAAACACGACACUUCACAUUAAUUUUGAGUUUCACUGUAAGCUCUCAUGGGAAAUAAUAUGAAAAAUAAAAGGAGCUGGCUUCAGAGCAGAUCCGAGAGCCAAUAAGUACUGCAUUCAGAAACUACUGAGCACUUCAGAAAAUUGGCAGUCUUUUUUUAUAAUUGCACAGAAACCACAUGGAUUUUUCUCCAAUUCUUAAGUUAAUCAUGUUUGAAAAUAAGGCCUCAGGAUGUUUUCAUGCAUUUUACUAUGAAAAGCUUUUACUCUAAAUGUAUCAACCUUGGAGUCUAUAUCUGAAACUUCAUUCUUACAGAGUUGUUCAGAAACGAACCUAAUUCUCUUUCCACGUGAGAAUACUGGUGUCCACUGGCCUAUUUAGGGCCAGAAGGAUUGCCUUGAUCCUUUUCUAUUUUUGGAAUUCUUCUAGAAAUGUCAUUCUGAGGGAUCUCUUAUGUCUUGUAUUUGCUCAUGUUAAUGGUUUAAGUGGCAUAAUCCCUCAACAGCUAUUUACAUGCUCUCUGCUACUGUGUCAACUGGUCUGGCCCUGAAUGCGUUUGUACAUGUAACCUCAGUUACUGAUUGGCAGGAGAGGCUUUUAGGAGGUUUGGGCUGCACAUGCAUUCAGUCCAGCAAAACAGUUAAAAUGUUUGCUCAAACUUAAAGCAUAUCCUUGUAGGCUUAAGUGCUUUGCUGGAUGGAGGACUGGGCUGGGACGGAGGAGAGGGAUGGUGAGGCCUUCCUAGACUUGCAGGCAUUUGGAACCAAACCUGCUCUUUGUUCCUAGGGAGAAUUAAAGACCUCUAUGAAUACGGAAGUAUGUAAGCUUAGGAACUCUUCCCUCUUGAGUGAAAAUAUGGACGUGUUUACUGUCUGGCCGACAAUUUAUCCUUCUUGAAGACUGCUUGCGAUAUUUAAAGUUUACUUCUUUUUGAUAAGGAAGCCAAACUGAUAACACUCCUAGUUACUAAAAUGAAGUUAAUUGCAGUCAUGCCAGCUAACACUGUUAGAAAUUUUAAAGCUAUUGUUUCCUUUUUCACUCAUACCAUUUUGAGACAGAGUGUGUGCAUGUGCACAUGUAAUUAUUUCCUUGAGCAAUUUAAAAUUUUUAUUCAAAUUUUGCUACUGCUUAAAAUGUAUAUUUUUAUAUUUUAUGCUUACCUAUAUUUUUGUUCAGAAAGGAAAUUAGCUUAUGGUAACUUGGAAAGAGGCAAGAACUUCCUGAACUGAGUACUUUUUAAGGUUACUACUACUAAUUUUAAUAAUAAUAAGAUAACGUAUUUUUAACUACAAAACUAGUUUAGGUUGGGUUAUUUGUUUUACUUUACCUGUAUUUAAAAUUUAGAGUAUUUUUCACAAACUUGGGAUCCUGUUCUGCCUUACUGGCAGAGCUUAGGCCUGAUUCUUUGCCAUCGGUUCAUGCUUUUCACUUGUCUUUGAUUGCACAUUGGAUCUAUCCUCUUGAGUAGUUGAUUGAUACCUUAACAUGAGUUCCUCUGCCAUUCUGACCCAUGUGAAGUAAUACCUUAUGUAUCGAAGUCCAAAGCACUAGUUAGUCAUAGGGUGCAGAUUCUGACCCAUUGCCAGUCAUGCCCUUUGUUAAAUGGGUCCAAAGCUAAUAGAAAGCAAGAUAUGAAAAUAAAAUAUAUCUUUGUGUCUCAAAUCCUUUAUUCCUGUGUGGGAACAUACAUUGAAUUAUGCGAGAUGUAAGAUGUGGAACAUUCACACUCUGUACUGGGAUGUGUUUCGCUGUGGGUUUGAUUUCUUGGUGAAUUAUGAAAGCAAGUCUUUUUUUGCCUUUGGGGACAGCAGCCAUGAUGUCCCAAGCAGCCAUGAUGUCCCAUUUGCCUUCAUUUACUUUAACUUUCAAGAGCCCAAAGCUCACACUUUCAGUUUGUUCUGUGUAGAGCUUCUAAGAUGGACAUGGAUGUCUGAUUAACAUUAUGAUACAGAGGCUUAUUUUCCGGUGGAAGUGUACUACAGGUAAACUACUUCUUUGCAGUAGGUAGAGGGAAUAAAUUUUUAGUUUUAUUUUGCAGGCUAUCUGAGCUUCCCAAAUACCCUCCAGAAACAUGGAUUAAACUGCUCAGCCUAAUUUCAGGCAGUAAAGCUUUUAUUAGUAUUCCCUUACUUUUAUUUUUCAGAGACAAACAACACCUGUUUUUAAAUGACUCUUGGCUGCCUCACACACCCUACUCAGAAGCAUCAAUCACAAUGCACCAUGUCAUGGAAAUUGUCAGUCAGUGAACAAACAUCCCUUUUUAUUUUAUUUUUUCUAUGCAGCAGAAAUAUCACUACGAAUAUCCAAAUCUGCCUCCUUACUAAGCUAUUUUGAAGGAACCGUGUACAAUGUAUAACUUGAAACAAAUGUUGACCCCAGGUGGCCUUUAACUUCACUACACAGUUGCGUUAAAAGAUGCCUUCAGUCACUUUGCAGUUAUAGCUAGUGCUUUUAAUGAGUUACAGAGAAUAAAUUUUGCAUUGUAUGUUGGCAGUGAAUGGAAUGGAGAAAAGGGAAUAUAAUGUGGCCUAGUGACUGUUUUGUUUUCCUGUUUUGUUCCUUGUGUGUGUUAUGUAGGAACCUGUGCACAAAUGCUCAGCAUAUAUAUUUUUCCAUUGCUCUGUGAAGUCUGUUCUUGAGGUUAGAGGGGGCAUGCUACCACUGAAGUCAAUAGGAAAUCUCUCAGCUGGGGUAGGAUCAAGGAGCUUUAAAGAGUGGUACUAAAAGCAAUCAAGAAAAGGGUUUUUUUCCUUCUUCUCUGAUGGAGUGUUCCUGUGCAUUUUCUGAACAUUUUUGUGUGAUUGCUGUUUGUUUGAAGACUGAAUAUUCUCUGGUACUUCCAGUGCCCUUUUCAGCCACGUGCUAUCAAUGCAUAGUCUAUGCAGGGCUAGUAAGGAUCAUUUAUUUGAGACCGAGUUUAAAACCAAAAAUAUCAUGCAUUUUGAAGGUGCUCCCCAAGAAUUCUACCUGCACUGUCAUCCAUAUAAUCUGUCAGAAAGUGCUGUGUUUGGAUGAUUGUAACCAAGGGUGGAGUUCGGCCCCUCUCUACAGAUUUCUCUUAGUUUGUCAUUUAGAAGCCUUCUGUACUGAACGCUGUUGUACGUAACAGGGAAUGCUUGUCCUGUGAUGAGAGUGCUGUGGAAUGGGUUUACAGCAUUGCAGAGUUUGCAGGCCGGGCCAGUACAACAGCUUGUUUGGUUCCCAACAUGGCAAAAAAACCAAAUGAACAACAAAAAAACCCUCAUUUACUCCACAAGAGAGAGAAGCUUGCCGAGUUGUACAUCAAUGGUACAUGAUAAUGUACCAUUACCAUGAUGUGGCCAAACAGUAUGUGGGAAUUGGAAGAGCCAGGGUCUGACUUUACUUGCCUCUCUUUUGGCUCUAAAGUCCCUUUGAAAGUAAGACCUGAGAAUCUGACAUUCUUUUUAGUCAGUUUUCAAAAUACUAUCCUAGCAGUAUUUCUUCAAAUGUGUUGUUCAAGUUGGUAUGAAUCUUGACAAUGUUUGGUUUAACUAGAUUCCUGUAGAAAGCAUGGGUACGUGCAUGUCCAUUACCAAAGCUCCUGUAUAUUGCAAUGUGCAAUGUAUGUGCUAUCGAAAGCAUAAAAGAUCUUCAAAAAGCACCCAAACCAACAAUGAUAUAUCAUGCUCUGUUUUGCAAAAUGUGCAAUGAGGUUUUAAUGAGAGAUUAUAGUUGGAAGGCAACUGGUGCCUGAUUACAUAAUUUUUCUAUCUCAAACACUAAGCAAAGAGGGCAAAAUAACCACAUUUCAACUGUAAUGGCCAACAUUUUUCUGCUAUAACCUUUUUCUCUACCAUAAGUAAGUCUUCAUGCUGUGAAUUCUGCUCUGAAUACAUAGGAGAUUUUGAAAUUUGAAAUUAAAUUAUAUCACUAGUAAUUUACAGUUAAAAAUAUAACAGUUAUAGGAUCAAAUUUUUGAGUUAUUAUUAGGUUUUCUUUCACCCUGUGUCAAAAUAUUUGACUUCAGUAUUGUUUCUUCAUCAGUUUAUUGCAUUUUUGUGUGCCACUUGGAAAUAUCAUUGCACUAAUGCUUUUCUAUGCAAUAAGGUCUGACAGUGUGCUGUAGAUCAAUCCAGUGAUUAUUUUUCCUAAAUGGUACUUUUUCUUUUCAGAUGUGUAUGAAUGUUAAUUGUGUGUGUGUUGUAUGGUACUACAUUUGAGUCACCAGAGCUCCAGUGUUAAGAUUUCUGUUUAAUUUUGUAUCAUGCAUUUUAUUUCUGGAUUUCUUAGUGGUUAUCCAAAAGCUUCAUCAACCUUGCUCAGAUCUUAAGAUGUUGUAUUAUUAAUUGAUUUUUGUUUUUUUUUUUAGUAUUGGUAGGUUGGGUAGGAUAUUAAAAUGAGGAAGAAAAUAUAAAAAUGCUGCCUCAAGGGAAGUACCAUAUAAACAGAUGCAACGUACCAUACAUUGGCUGUCCUACUGGGUGACUAUUCCAUCUCUUCUUUUUCCAUCCCAGGCCUUAAGCAAUUUGAACUAAAAUUCUUGGUUUGCCUUGAGAUGUAGUCAGAUAUCCACUUUGAUCUAGGUUAGGAUCAUCAAGUAUAUUUUCACUUUUAAUCAAAUCAGAAAUGGUAAAGAAAGAAUGUUUUUAUGAGCUGUUUUGAGCAAAUGGAGGUGAAUUUACAUACCAGCUGUGCAAAUUGCUUCUCUCUUUUCAAAUAAUACAAAAAAAUUUAAGGAACUAGACUGUUUAACAGGAUUUUGAAAAAUUGUUAUUGAUUUAUUUUCCUUCAAAUAAAGUUUGCAAUAGCUAUUUUAAAAACUUAUUAAAGAUGUCUUUUAAUAAUAA